AUGGCUACUCUGAUCAAGGUGCCGUGCUCGUCGGCUAACAUUGGCCCCGGCUUCGACGUCAUUGGCCUCGCCCUCAACCUGUACCUCGAGCUCGAGGUCACAGUCAGCAAGAAGGACCGCUCGGAGCACUCGCUCAACUGCAACAUCACCUACGAGGGCGUUGGCGCAGAAGACGUGCCCCUCGUCGCCGAAGACAACCUCAUCACGCGCACCGCCGUCUACGUGCUCCGCUGCAAUGGCGUCCGCGCAUUCCCGGCCGAGACCCACGUCCACGUCAAGAACCCGAUACCACUGGGCCGCGGCCUGGGCUCCUCUGCGGCAGCCAUCGUUGCGGGCGUGUACCUGGCGAACGAGGUCGGCAACCUGAAGCUGUCCAAGGCGCGCAUGCUGGACUACUGCCUCAUGGAGGAGCGCCACCCGGACAACGUCGCGGCGGCGCUGUAUGGAGGAUUCGUGGGCACAUACCUGAACGAGCUGUCGCCCGAGGACACAGAGCGGCUCGAGAUCCCUCUCAGCGAGGUCCUCCCGGAGCCUGCUGGUGGUGUUGACACCGGUCUGCGGCCGCCACAGCCCCCGCUCAACAUCGGACACUACACCAAGUUCCCCUGGUCGUCGGACAUCAAGUGCAUCUGCAUCAUCCCCCAGUUCGAGGUGUCUACCGCAAAGGCUCGCGCCGUCCUGCCAGAGUCGUAUUCGCGCAAGGAUGCCAUCUUCAACAUGCAGAGGCUCGCCGUCCUCACCACUGCUCUCGGACAGUCUCCUCCCGACCCCGACAUGAUCUACACAGCCAUGCAGGACAAGCUUCACCAGCCCUACCGCAGUGGCCUCAUCCCCGGCCUCACGGAGAUGCUCCAGUCCGUCACUCCCCAGUCACACCCCGGUCUGCUCGGUAUCUGCCUUUCAGGUGCCGGUCCCACGAUCCUCGCGCUCGCGACCGACAACUUCGACUCAAUAGCGAACCACCUGCUCGCCGAAUUCCAGAAGGAGGGCAUCACAUGCGACUGGAAGCUCCUCCAGCCCGCCACAGACGGCGCCACGGUCUCCAACUCCCUCAACUCCACACAGGCCGAAGCCAUGACGUACGCCUCCUCAGGCGUCAGCAUCGAUGCCGGCAACCAGCUCGUCCAGCAGAUCAAGGCUUCCACAAAAUCUACACGGCGCCCCGGCGCAGACGGCGAGAUUGGCGGCUUCGGUGGCAUUCUCGACCUCCAGGCUGCUGGCUACGCAGAGGCGCCCAUCCUCGUCGGCGCCAUCGACGGCAUCGGCACAAAGGUCAAGAUCGCGUUCGAGAUGGGCAAGCACGACACUGUCGGUAUCGACCUCGUCGCCAUGAACGUCAACGAUCUUGUCGUCCAGGGCGCGGAGCCCCUCAUGUUCCUCGAUUACUACGCCUGCUCGAAACUCGACAUCGCAUCGGCAGCCAAGUUCAUCGAAGGCGUCGCAAACGGCUGCAGACAAUCCGGCGCCGCGCUCGUCGGCGGCGAGACAGCAGAAAUGCCCGGCAUCUACCAAGAAGGCGAGUACGACGCCGGCGGUGCCGCAAUCGGCGCAAUCAAAAAGGGCGCGACCAUCCUCCCCGACACGGCAGCCAUGCGGGAAGGCGAUAUCCUCCUCGGCAUGUCGUCGAGCGGCGUCCACUCCAACGGCUUCUCCCUCGUCCGCAAGAUCGUCGAGCGCAGUGGUCUGUCCUUCCACGACACCGCGCCAUGGUCGCCAGAGCAAAACAUCGGUACUGCGCUCCUCACACCCACGAAGAUCUACGUUAAGCCGCUUCUCGCUGCCGUUCGCAAGAACUUGCUGAAGGGUAUGGCGCACAUCACAGGAGGGGGUCUGAGUGAAAACAUCCCCCGUAUGCUGCCUAAGACGCUGACGGCUGAGCUCGAUGCGAAGACGUGGCCGCUGCCGGAGGUGUUCAAGUGGCUAAAGAAGACGGGCAGCCUGGAGCACAGCGAGUUUCAGAGGACGUUCAAUACCGGUCUGGGUAUGGUUAUUGUUGUCAGCCCGGAGAAUGCGAAGGCGGCGUUGGAGCUGCUGCAAGGGGAGGGUGAGAGCGUGUAUGAGAUCGGGCGACUGAUCAAGAGGGGCGAGGAGGAGGAGGAGGUUGUUGUUCACAACAUGGACGUUUGGGGUUAG